AUGCAACCAAAUCGACCUUUUUUCGGAUCUCACUCCGAUACUUCGGCCAUUAAUGUAAAACAUUUGGUGACAGACCUCUUUACCCAAAUGCGGGAACCCUCGCCCGGGGCUCCUAGCCCCAAGGGUUCCACGGGCUCCCUCAACGUUACCAGGAACGCAGGGUUCCAGCUGCAGAAUGGGGCUGAACACCUCCCUUGGAAUAAUCCUGGGAUUACAUUACCUGGCAACUGCAAUUCUAAUUUGACAAACGAACAAACACUAACCCGCAGCACCAGUAACGCAUCAGCUCUAACGUCGUUAUGUGCGAAUCUAUCUCCUUCUGACUCUCAUUUUUUUGAGGUUCUAUACAUUGGCAAAGUCCGUAUAUCUCAAAGGAAAGUUCCAGAAUCAUUAAUAGAUGACGCUUUAACAAAAUUCGCUCAGCAUGAAGCAGAAAAGCUAAGAAAUCAUAGGCGACAUAGCUUAUUGUCUUCCGCUACGGGAUCUCAAGACAGCAACGAUUCAGAUCCUAAAAGCUCACCAGAGAAAGGCAUAGAAAAGUUUAUGCAAAAACAAGUCACUUUGAUCCCAAGUACGACCCCAUUAGAACCAGAUAAAUCUAGCGUUUGGAAAAGUGCUGAAAAUCUCCAGAAAGCUGAUAGCCAUGAAAUUGAUCAAGAAUUUGAUGUAUUUACUAAAGAAAGAGCAGAAGCUAAAAAUCCCACGCCCCUAGAACCAACAGUGGUAGUUAUUAAUAUGACAAAAAACAACUUAGGCACAGUAACAGAAGAUGAAGAGAAGCAUGAUGAUAUAAAAGAAGUUAAUAAAGAAGAUAAAGAACUAAGUGAAGAAGUUACCAUCAAAGAUACUAAUCCUUUUAAGACAGAUGUAGAAGAAACAACAGGGAAUGUUGAUCCAUUAUUGAAAAUUCCCGUCGAUAUCAAAAAUGUUGUAAAUGAAAAGCCAAAACAGCUAAAUAUUAGUAAAAUUAAUACGGAAAAUAAAGCUAAAAAUCAAGAAUUUAUUACGAAUAGUGCUAAGGAAAAACCAAAUAAUCUAGAAUUUGGCGAAUUAGUUAGAAAACCUAAUAUGAAUGAUAAGAAAGUGUCAGAAAAGCCGUUUUUGAGAGAUCGUUCUGCGUCUAUUGGCACUUUAAGUAUGAAGACGCCCUUAACACAUUUAAUUGGAGAGCAAAACAGAACUAUGCUAUUUCAGGUCGCUCGAUCAGAACUUCGUCUCAUAAGUCCUGAUCGCAAGCAAAUUCUCCUAUACAGAGCGUUUAAAGACGUAGCCAGUUGUGUUCUUGGCAAAAUUAAUAAGGAACAUUUUGGUUUCGUCUGUAGAGAGACUAAUGAUUACGCCUGCUAUGUGUUCAAAUGUGAAAGUGACUCGAUAGCUACUGAAGUUGUUAAUGCAAUAAAACAGGCGUUUGUAGCACAUGCGGAAUUAUUAAAGAAAUCCCGGGAUAAAUCUCCGAAUAUGACUUGCGAACACUGUCCCAUGUUAUGGUACCACAGAUUAUGUCAUGAUAUUGAAGGUAUGAAUGAAAAAAAGAUACACGCAUUCAUUCUCCGUCGCAUACAAUCAUUUCCAGAAGAUGAACAAGAGCUGAUAAUAACAAAAUACCAAGGAGGUACUAACCAUAUGUAUGAGGUUAAUGAACAUAAUGCUUUUUUGAUGAUGCUGUUAAGAGCACACUGUGAAGCAAAACAACAAAGACACGUCCAUGAUACGGCUGAGAAUAGAUCGGAAUUUCUAAACCAAUAUCUAGGUGGUAGUACGAUAUUUAUGAAAGCUAAACGCUCUUUAUCGAGCGGCUUCGACCAUUUACUGAAAAGAAGGCUAAGCAAAGAUGACGUCACUAUACCUAUAAAAAAGGAAUCGACUCCGAUAUCUGCAGUGAAUGAAACAUCAUCAGAAAAUAAUUCCGAUAUUCUAUCUCCUGAUCCUCAGCGGUGUAAAUCUGUUCCAAUAUACAUUGAUCAACCUCAGCCAGCUUCACCAAACCCAAAUAACACGCCUCCAGAAGAAUCGUCAGAAGAACCAAAAGAAGAAUCUGUCAACUCUCCCAUGAUGGAUAUAUUCCUAAAAGUUUCCGACUCGCGUGCAACACACACAGAGAGCGGGAACGAAUCGGACGCAACAUGGCGUCAGGCCAUAUACGAGAAAGUAAUUCAACCUGGCAAGGAUGAAGGUUUUCCAUCAGAACUCAAAGGGAAGCGUUCUAAAGAACAAUUGAGGCGGUUAUGGAAAAUGGCGAUCGACCAAACGAUAUUGUUAGUGCGGAUGGAGAAAGAGAACGCGAGAUUGAGAGAAAGAGAAGAGUCGUCAGCAGUUCGCCGUAUAAAGCUGGAGUAUGAAGAACUGGGGGGUAAAGCAUCGUGUGGGAUGUGGGAGGGGUUGCUUACGGGGGAUAGGUCUAGACGAGCGAGGGUAGAUGCACAUAUGUUGACACAAGCUGUAAGGCAGGGCGUACCUCGCAUGUCACGUGGGGCCGUGUGGUACUUCUUAGCAGAGCAGGCCUGUCUUCGAAUACCACCGCCAGACAUGAAGCAGUUCCCAGAAUAUAACACGCCAUACAGAACUCUUUUGGCGGGUUUGACGAAACAUCAACACGCUAUUUUGAUUGAUUUGGGUCGUACAUUUCCGAAGCACUCUUACUUCGCAUCAGCUUUAGGACCGGGACAGUUGGCGUUGUACAAUAUAUUGAAAGCCUAUUCUCUCUUAGACCCUGAUGUGGGUUACUGUCAGGGGCUAAGCUUCGUUGCUGGGGUUUUGUUGUUACAUAUGGAAGAAGCGGAAGCGUUUUCUCUAUUGAGACAUUUAAUGUUUAGAAGAGGUCUAAGAAAGCAGUAUUUACCCGAUAUGAGCGCUUUACAAAUUCAGUUGUACCAACUAUCCAGACUAUUAAGAGACCAUGAGCCAGAAUUGCACUCAAAGCUAGAAUCGUUGGACAUCUCCCCCGCGCUGUACGCCGCGCCGUGGAUGCUCACUUUGUUCACAAGCCAGUUCCCCUUGGGAUUCGUCGUUAGAGUGUUCGAUCUCAUAUUCCUGGAGUCCUUUGACAUAGUCUUCUCUGUUUCUCUCUCCCUUCUCUCCAUUCACAAAGACGGUCUGAUGCUAUGUGAAAGCUGUGAAGAAGCCGCAGAAUAUCUAAAGCACAAGUUACUCGGUGUCGACGAAAAUAUAUGCAAUAAAGUUAUGAAAAUGGUCGCAAAACUGGAUAUCAGCCGUCAACUAAUAGAAUAUGCAGUGGAGUACAGCGUUUUGAGAGAAGAAAUGCCUCGUCUAGCGGCUUUGACAGAACAGAACAGAAUUCUUCUAGACGAUGCGAGCAGAUGGAGCUCUGAAUUGGAUUCUGCUAUGGACGCCAUAGAAAACUACCAAAAAACACAAUCUCGACUCGAAACUCACAACAAAUUAAUGGAACAGCAAUUAACAUUGCUCAGCCGAUACAUUUCUGCCCACCACAAACAGGACAUACCUAACGAAAUAAAGAAAAUAAUCCAAAAUUACAGCAAACGACUAUCAUUUAGUUCAAAAAUCAUCACAAAAUUGACAUCGAACGAUGAAGAAGAAGAUUCUAGAAAGAAUUUCAAACAAGGAAUGAGCACACCUAACUUAUUCUAUAAAACUACCAAAGAAGAAGUACUUAAUGCAGUGAACAAAGAUAGGAGCGAAGAUCGUAGACAUUUUCUUAUGAAAAAAUCCCAAUCCGUCCAUUCUGGAUUGAUAGCAAAUAGGCACGUCCCACUGAAAAUUCUAGAAGAAAAGCCUCAAGAAUUAAGAAGAGAUAGUUUAAGAAUAGAGAACUUAGCCAAUGACAAUAUAAGAGAUCUAGGGAGAAAAACGUCCAACUACUUUGCUAGCACACAUAGGCAAAUCGAGCAAGAACGGCUGUUUGAACAGCAAUUGAAGCACGAUUUUGAUGAAAAUCUAAAAAAGUUAGAUGAGAAAUUAACAAAGCAACUCUCGCCCAAAUCGUAUUUGGACGAUUUGGGCAUAUUUCAAAGUAAAAAGUCUAUGUCUUUAAAUUUGAAUGCUAAAACUGAGAAGUCUAAUGAUAGUGGGUUUGUUACACCACUAAGUCCUAAAGAUGAUAAUAAAUGUGAUAGCGUAUCAACAAUAUCCCAUCCACUAAGUGACUGCGAUGUGGAUAUAAAAUUCGAUGGGCAAUUGACUAAACUGAAACAAAUCAGACCUUUAAAGCAUAACUCA